UAAUGCGUCAUCAAAUGUUUUCUUCAGUGUAUCAAAUGCGUCUUGGUGUUUUCCUCCCUGAGAUCAAAUAAUGUCCACAAUUUAGGUGAUUUAAGAUGGCCACACAGAGUGAUGAUGACGAUGGCAGGGUGUCUGCUCAGAAGAAGGACGCGGCCGUAGUGGAGGACCCCGACGACUCCUCUACCCUACCGUUCCCCGAGCUGCUGCCCGUCGGGGGUCAAGGUUACCCCGCCGUCAACUACUCCGGGUCGACGUCCGGCAAAGAUACGGAAAAAGAUCGAGCGGCCGCAUCACCGGCGGUGAACAAAGACGACUUUGACGUUUGCGAAGGCUGUCUGAGGCGGCGGGCCGAACGGUGUCCCCCAGACGAGGACGAGAGAUCGCCUCGCGGGGUCAAGUACCCUCCCUUCCUGGAGUACUCUCUCGCUAACCUCCACCUCUCCCCUGGGAAAAAGAAACCCCUCCUGCGGAACAGUAAGCUGGCCGUUCUGGGGGCGAAGUACAGCUCCGAGUUACGUAGGGGGAACGCAUCUUCCUCCUCUGGGGUAAUACUAGAGCUGGUGAAUUCUUCUAAAGACUUAAAUAACAAAGAUUUAAUCAAAGAAGAAGAAGAAUCCGUUACCACCGCUAAGGUUAAUGGCGCAGAGAUAAACAGUGACGUUCGUUCCUUGGACCUGGGUAAGGCCGCUCCGGGUGCGUUCCAGGUCCCCAAGUCGGGAUUGUUUGAGUCCUUUAACGAGAGAACCGAGGCGGAAGACUUUGCCAGUGUGUGUCAGAACAAUAAGAGUGAUAAUAAUAACCGAUGUAGCGCCAACAAGAAGCUAGAGUUCUCCCCCCACGGAUGUAAACACCGAGGCCAGCCCAAGUCCCGCAGGGCCCUGUACAAGAGGAGGUGCAGACGGCGGCUGACCGAGGGCGAACUACCCGACCUGACGUCCCUCUCCCUGACCGAGACCCUGGACGUGGCCGGGGGUGCGGCGAGGUCGUGCUCCCAGCAGGCCCGCAGCCUGGACUACGAAGACGUGACCAUGGACGAACUGGCGGCCUACCUUGAUAACUUCCUCUACCUGCCAAAGAAAAUGUCACACAUGGCCGAGAUGAUGUACACCUGAGGCUCGACCGCACGUUAGUCUCGUCCGGGGUGGGUGGGGGUGGGGGGGGUAACUGAUGCUCGUCACCACUUGAUUAUUUACUUGUUUAUAUCACCACUUGAUUAAUUAAUUAAUUACUUGUUUAUAUCACCACUUGAUUAAUUAAUUAAUUGCUUGUUUAUAUCACCACUUGAUUAAUUAAUUACUUGUUUAUAUCACCACUUGAUUAAUUAUUUACUUGAUUAAUUACUUUUUUGUGUCACCACUUAAUGACUUGUUUGUGUCACCACUUGAUUAAUUACGUGUUUCUGUCACUACUUGAUUAAUUAAUUACUUGUUUAUAUCACCACUUGAUAAAUUAAUUGUUUAUAUCACCACUUGAUUAAUUAAUUAAUUACUUGUCUUUGUCACCACUUAAUUACUCCCUCAAUAUGUGUCACCACUUAAUAGGCUUGUUUCUUAACUGUAAUAUACAGUACACGGUUUACUUUAUACACCAGCUCAUGUGACUGUUGAGGCCAUUUAUAGCAUCGUGCUUAAUUAUGUUUGUUUGCCAAGUUAACUUGUUUUUUUUUUAUGUUCCAGUAAAUUGCUUUUGUUAUUGCUGUGAUUUCAUACUUAAAAAUUUACGGAAGGCUACUUUUGUUUUUCACUUGUUAUGUAUAGUAACAAAAGUAAUGGAUUUAUACAUUAAAAUUUACAGAAUGCUACUGUUUUGUGUUUAACUUGUCAUAUAUAGUAAAAAAAGUAAUGGAUUGAGAAUUUUUAUUGUGAUUUCAUACUUAAAAAAAAUUUACAGAAAGCUUUUGUUUUCUUUCAAUUGUCAUAUUAAGUUUACUAAAUUAUUCUAAUGCUUCCAAAUAUUCUUCCCGCAAAAACACACACACACAUGCGCACACACGCACACGCACACACACACACUUGUUGAAUCUGUAUACAAAAUAAUAAUUACAUGAUUUCGACGACUGACUGACAUUGAUCGAUCAGCAUCUAAUUUCAUCACUUUUUAUUGUGGGGGGGGGGGCGUUAUUUACCGAUCUACCUUGAGUUUGAUGACUAUUAAAUUAUUAAAUAGUUUUGAAAUACUUCUUGGUUAUUUCACGGUAUAAAUACUGUAAUGAUAAAAAUAGUCUUUAUCGGUUGUUUAUUAACGCCACGACAGCCAGAGACAAACACAGUCGUCGCCAUAACAGCAAAAUUUCCCUCUGUCUUGGUUUAAUAUAAUCGACAAACACGUCUUUGGAACCUUUGUAUACCAAUUAUGUGAAGAUAUAUUGAAGAAAGUAAUGUGGUGUUUAUUGAGUAUUUAAUGUAUAUACUUGUGUUUAUUGAGCCUUUAAUGUAUAUAUUUAUGUUUAUUGAGCCUGUAUAUAUACUUGCUGCCUGAUGUGACGAGAGUAUAAGCCGAGGUCAGAGGUGAGUAACAGAAGGUGUGUGUGUGUGUAGCAGAGAGCAGCUGGGUGUAGGGUUAUCAUACAUAUAUACAUACAGUAGAUACAUAUACAUACAACUACCCAUGGAUAGAUAGAGGGAGAGAGAGAUUUAUACAUACAGAUAGAGAGAGAGACACACACUAAUAGCAGCUCAAUGCUAUUUAUCUCGGCAUAGUUUUACACUCUACUUAACUCACAAACACAAUAACACACUGUUUAACUUGAUACUAAUUACAUUAUAAUGCUAUAGCCUUUAAUUAUUAUAUUAUAGUUAUAUUUUGGUUAUAUUUGGCAAAUAUUUGAGUUUAAUUAUAUAUUAUACCAGGAAAAUGUUUACCGGGUAAUUAGCAAAGUCAAGAUGUAAAAUAUCGGAUGUCGUUUGAUUUUUUUUUUGUAUUUAUUUCUGAGAGAAAAUAAUUUGCUGUUUAAAAGUACAGUCAAGUUCUUAUAUAAACCUGAAGAUUUUGUUUGAUUUCUGUGUACAAUACUGUAUUAGGUAUAAAAUGUAUGAUUCUUA